AUGUCCGGCUUUGAUACGUACAAGCCCGCACUGCAGACACCGCUCGAUUCCCGCUACAGCAGCGCGGAGAUGAAGCAGCUCUUCAGCGCGCGCUCGCGGCACUCCGUGUGGCGCAAGCUGUGGCUGCUGCUGGCCGAGGCCGAGAAGGAGGUCGGCGUGGAGGGCAUCACGGACGAGGCGCUCGAGCAGAUGCGCGCCCACCUGACGCUGACCGACGACGACUUUGCCGUGGCCGCCGUCGAGGAGAAGCGCCGGCGACACGACGUCAUGGCGCACGUUCAUGCGUACGGCCAGGUGGCCCCUGCUGCGGCCGGCAUCAUCCACCUCGGCGCCACGUCCUGCUACGUCACGGACAACGCCGAGCUGAUUCUCAUGCGAGACGCCAUGGACCUUCUCAUUCCCAAGCUGGCCAAGGUCAUCCACAACCUCAGCCAGUUUGCGCUGCAGACAAAGGACAUCCCCACGCUCGGCUUCACCCACUUCCAGCCCGCCCAGCUGAUCACCGUCGGCCGCCGCGUCGCCCAGUGGAUCCAGGACCUCAUGAUGGACCUUGAGAACAUCCAGAUCCAGCGUGCCAAUCUCAAGUUCCGCGGCGCCAUGGGCACCACGGGCACCCAGGCCUCCUUCAUGGAGAUUUUUCACAACGACGGCGCCAAGAUCGACAAGCUCAACGAGAUCCUGUGUGCCAAGUCCGGCUUCCCGACGACCUACGACAUCUCCGUGCAGACCUACUCGCGCAAGGUCGAUCUCGACAUCGCCAACGCCAUUGCCGGCCUCGGCGCCACGGCCAUGCACAUCACCAGCGACAUCCGCCACCUCGCCCACAUGAAGGAGCUCGAGGAGCCCUUUGAGAAGGACCAGAUCGGCUCGUCGGCCAUGGCCUACAAGCGCAACCCCAUGCGCUCCGAGCGCAUCUGCUCGCUCGGCCGCAAGCUGCGCAGCCUGCCCGCCAACUUUGCCGACACGUACGCCGACCAGUGGUUCGAGCGCACGCUCGACGACAGCGCCAUCCGCCGCAUCGACAUUCCCGAGAUGAUGCUGCUGGCCGACGCCGUCCUCAUCGGCCUCGACAACGUCAGCUCCGGCAUGGUCAUCUACCCGAAGCGCAUCCACGCCCACGUCAUGGAGGAGCUGCCCUUUAUGGCCACCGAGACCAUCAUCAUGAAGCUGGUCGCCGCCGGCGGCUCGCGCCAAGAGGCCCACGAGGAGAUCCGCGUGCUGUCGCACCAGGCGAGCGACGUGGUCAAGAACCAGGGCGGCAAGAACGACCUCAUUGAGCGCAUCAAGGCCACCGAGUACUUCCGCCCCGUCUGGGCCGACAUCGACGGCCUGCUGGACCCGGCCCUCUUUGUCGGCCGCUCCGGCGAGAUGGUCCAGCGCUACUGCGGCCCCGGCGGCCCUGUCGAGAAGCGCCUGGCCGCCUUCCAGGACUACAUUCGCAAGACGGGGGCUGCCCAGCUGAAUGUGUAG